CAAAGAACUGGGGGUUGGUCUCACCCCUUGAUCUGGGCGGGGAGGUAAACUUGCCCCUAUCCUUCUGCCUAGCAGUACCCCCUCUNGACGCUCUCACCCCAACCCUGGUGAAUGGAGGAGUCACUCCAGCCAAAGGACUGCAGGCUACAAGACCUGCUACCUAGUCCGAAACAAUCAAUGGAGGCCCCACUGCAAACCGGAAUGGUGCUGGGCGUGAUGAUCGGGGCCGGAGUGGCGGUGCUGGUCACCGCCGUGCUCAUCCUCUUGGUGGUGCGAAGGCUGCGGGUGCAGAAAACUCCAGCCCCGGAGGGUCCCCGGUAUCGGUUCCGGAAGCGGGACAAAGUGCUUUUCUAUGGCCGGAAGAUUAUGCGGAAGGUGUCACAGUCCACUUCUUCCCUGGUGGACACAUCAGUCUCCACCACGUCCCGGCCCCGCAUGAAGAAGAAACUGAAGAUGCUUAACAUUGCCAAGAAGAUCUUGCGUAUCCAAAAGGAGACUCCCACCCUACAACGGAAGGAGCCCCCGCCUUCAGUGCUGGAGGCUGACCUCACAGAGGGGGACCUGGCCAACUCCCACCUACCCUCUGAGGUACUCUACAUGCUUAAGAACGUUCGGGUCCUGGGUCACUUUGAGAAGCCGCUCUUCCUGGAGCUCUGCCGGCACAUGGUCUUCCAGCGUCUUGGGCAGGGGGACUACGUCUUUCGGCCCGGUCAGCCAGACGCCAGCAUCUACGUGGUUCAAGAUGGGCUGCUGGAGCUCUGCCUACCGGGGCCUGACGGGAAGGAGUGUGUGGUGAAGGAGGUGGUUCCCGGAGACAGCGUUAACAGCCUUCUGAGCAUCCUUGAUGUCAUCACCGGUCACCAGCAUCCCCAGCGGACGGUGUCAGCCAGGGCCGCACGGGACUCUACAGUGCUGAGACUCCCGGUAGAAGCCUUCUCCGCCGUCUUCACCAAGUACCCUGAGAGUUUGGUGCGAGUGGUGCAGAUCAUCAUGGUGAGGCUGCAGAGAGUCACCUUCCUGGCGCUUCACAAUUACCUGGGUCUAACCAAUGAACUCUUCAGCCAUGAGAUCCAGCCCCUACGCCUCUUCCCCAGCCCUGGCCUCCCGACCCGAACCAGCCCUGUCCGUGGCUCUAAACGGGUAGUCAGCACCUCAGGUGCCGAGGACACCUCAAAGGAGACUUCUAGCCGGCCCCUGGACUCCAUUGGCGCUCCUCUGCCUGGACCUGCAGGGGAUCCCGUGAAGCCCACAUCCUUAGAAGCCCCCCCAGCCCCAUUACUGAGCCGCUGCAUCUCCAUGCCAGUAGACAUCUCAGGCUUGCAAGGUGGCCCUCGUUCUGACUUUGACAUGGCCUAUGAGCGUGGCCGGAUAUCUGUUUCUCUUCAAGAAGAGGCAUCUGGGGGACCUCAGACAGCAUCCCCUAGGGAGCUCCGGGAGCAGCCAGCGGGUGCCUGUGAAUAUAGCUACUGUGAAGAUGAGUCAGCCACGGGCGGGUGUCCCUUUGGGCCCUACCAGGGCCGCCAGACAAGCAGCAUCUUUGAGGCUGCGAAGAGAGAGCUAGCCAAGCUGAUGCGGAUUGAGGACCCCUCUCUACUGAAUAGCAGAGUCUUGCUNCAUCAUGCCAAAGCNGGCACCAUCAUAGCCCGCCANGGGGACCAGCGGCUCAAAGCAGGCACAGGCUCCUUUCAGGAGAGGAAGUCAGAUGAGUCCGAUGCCAAUCCGGUGUGGUCCCAGGUGGAUGAGCUGAAGAUCUGCACCUACAUUGUACUCAAUGGACGUCUCCGUAGUGUUAUCCAACGAGGCAGUGGCAAGAAGGAGCUAGUUGGGGAAUAUGGCCGAGGGGAUCUCAUUGGCGUGGUGGAGGCACUGACCCGGCAGCCACGAGCCACAACUGUACACGCUGUNCGAGACACCGAGCUGGCCAAGCUCCCCGAGGGCACCUUAGGCCACAUCAAACGUCGGUACCCACAGGUUGUGACCCGCCUUAUUCAUCUGCUAAGCCAGAAAAUUCUAGGCAAUCUACAGCAGUUGCAAGGACCCUUUCCAGGCUCCGGGCUCAGUGUUCCUCAGCACUCGGAACUGACCAACCCAGCCAGCAAUCUGUCCACUGUAGCUAUCCUCCCCGUGUGUGCUGAGGUGCCCAUGAUGGCUUUUACUCUGGAACUGCAGCACGCUCUGCAAGCUAUUGGUCCCACGCUCCUCCUUAACAGUGACGUCAUCCGCGCACUCCUGGGGGCUUCUGCUCUGGAUAGGUGUGUGGGGGUUGGGGAGCGGGGCUGGAAGGGCGGAAGGCCUACUUGUUCCCUGUUACCUCAGUCUAACGCAUCUUUAUUCUCUCCUGGAUCCCAGCAUGAGCUGUAUGAGAAGGUUUUCUCCAGGCGAGCAGACCGGCACAGCGACUUCUCCCGCUUGGCACGAGUACUCACAGGAAACACUAUUGCUCUAGUGCUGGGUGGGGGCGGAGCCAGAGGCUGCUCGCAUAUUGGGGUGCUGAAGGCAUUAGAGGAGGCAGGGGUCCCAGUUGACCUUGUGGGAGGCACAUCCAUAGGCUCCUUCAUUGGGGCCUUGUAUGCCGAGGAACGCAGCGCCAGCCGUACUAAACAACGAGCCCGGGAGUGGGCCAAGAGUAUGACUUCUGUACUGGAGCCUGUAUUGGACCUCACAUAUCCUGUCACCUCCAUGUUUACUGGCUCGGCCUUUAACCGAAGUAUCCACCGUGUCUUCCAGGAUAAGCAGAUUGAGGACCUGUGGCUGCCUUACUUCAAUGUGACCACAGACAUCACUGCCUCUGCCAUGCGUGUCCACAAAGAUGGCUCCCUGUGGCGGUAUGUGCGUGCCAGCAUGACGCUCUCGGGCUACCUGCCCCCGCUGUGCGACCCGAAGGAUGGGCACCUGCUCAUGGAUGGUGGCUACAUCAACAACCUGCCAGGCAAGUGGCUGCCCACUCACAUCUGCAUGGACACUUGUCACCAGACACAUGCCCACACUGACUUCUGCACCUGCAGACUGGAAGGGACAGGUCCAUAUGAAUGGAGAAGCUCAAGAGGACACAUACAGCUUUGCGAUGAAGGGGGCUCCCCUGAGGGUGCCAGCCCUAGCACUGCCUCAGAGGUGGAAGAGGAGAAGUCCACACUCCGGCAACGACGCCUUCUGCCUCAGGAGACUCCCAGCUCAGUAGCAGAUGCCUGAGGACCUUGACAGGGAACCCCUGUUCCUAGAUUGGGUUAUGGGUGAGCUUGUGGGGGAGCUCACACUAUUAUUCCCGCUGCUGCUAUACUAUGACACUCCCUGGGCCCUUCCCCCUUGGCUCCAAGGACCACACACUGGACUGACUUGCCCUGUCCCUAAGGGGAGGGCAGAACUGCACUGAUGACCUUUGACCAACUAUGUUACCUUUCCCCAAAUAAACUCUUCCCCCUUUUGAAGCAGCCUGGUGCUGUCUUUGGGUUGCUGGGGCUCCUCGCCACACUGUCUGUGCUCNCACAUUGGGCCAAGUCUGAANGAGCCUACAGCUUGUCCCACUGAGGUAACAAUUCCCAUGUGGGUACGCUGCACCCUGGCUCCAGACAAGCUCUGA